UUUCACUCUCACAUUCCAAGUUUCUUCCCUACUUUUAUAGUUUUCCAGUUUACAGAAGCAUCAUCCAAUGGCUUCUUCUCUUUCUUCAUCAUCAUAUUCAUGCUCAUUGUUGUUAGUAUUGCUGCCCUCUGUUAUUUGUUGGGUUUCUUCUGCCGGUAAUUUAAACCAAGAUUUUCAGAUUACUUGGGGUGAUGGCCGUGCUAAGAUACUCAACAAUGGAGACCUUCUUACUCUGUCUCUGGACAAAGCCUCUGGCUCUGGUUUUCAAUCCAAGAAUGAGUAUUUUUUUGGCAAGAUUGAUAUGCAGCUCAAGCUUGUCCCUGGCAACUCUGCAGGCACUGUAACAGCGUACUAUCUUUCUUCAAAAGGUUGAAAUUGGGAUGAGAUUGACUAUGAGUUCUUGGGGAAUCUUAGCGGUGAUCCUUAUAUUCUUCACACUAAUGUGUUCAGCCAAUCCGUGACACAAGGCAAGGGAAACAGAGAACAACAGUUUUACCUCUGGUUUGAUCCAACUGCUGAUUUCCACACUUAUUCAAUUCUUUGGAAUCCUCAGCAUAUUAUCUUCUCUGUUGAUGGAACCCCAAUAAGGAAGUUCAAGAACUUGGAAUCGGUUGGUGUUCCAUUCCCAAAGAGCCAGCCAAUGAGAAUAUACUCUAGUCUCUGGAAUGCUGAUGAUUGGGCUACAAGAGGUGGUCUUGUUAAGACGGAUUGGAGUCGGGCACCUUUUACUGCAUCCUACAGGAAUUUCGAUGCCAAUGCUUGUGUUUGGUCCUCGGGAAAAUCUUCCUGUGGUUCAGGCUCUGCCUCCGGUACUAACAGAAACGCUUGGCUCUCCCAAGAGUUGGAUUCAGCAGGUGAACAAAAGUUGAAGUGGGUGCAAAAGAACUACAUGAUCUACAAUUAUUGCACGGAUGCAAAGAGAUUUUCUCAAGGGUUUCCUCCAGAAUGUAACAUGUCCUAGAAGAUGAAAACUGCUUUUGAUCUUGUACCUCGUGGAUCUUUUCUUUUUCUUUUUUUCUUUUUUUAAUAAUGUUAUAUUCUUUUAUUUUUUUACAUUUUGUCACACAGAUCCAUGUACUAUUUAUUAUGUUAUGGAAUAUAAAUAAACAACGAUAAUUGAGAGUUCUUACUAUAUAA